AUGCUCGACGAUAGUUUGCUUCUAGCUCAAAACAGAUAUAUACACUACGAUAGUCUCGAACUUCGAUAGAGACUUAGUCUUGAAAAUUUCCAAGUGCCAAGUAAAUCCUCUCUAUGUCAUCUAUGGUUGGUCGUUUCAUAGUGAGACGACCAACUAAGGUAUAUUAGAAUGUGGCUGCCAUAUGUGAGACCUCCUCAUGAGUAAAAGCUAUAGUCCUCAUCCCGUCAUCCUCGCUAUAGCCUCACACUAGUACAAUGAUAUUAAAGUAUGGGAAUAGUAUUUGACGCAACGAUCCAUGUGGCGUGACAAUCUCUUUGGAGGGGACAGAGGGUCUAGAAACUCGUUAUGCUCAUGAUAGGUGUCUAGUGGGCAUAGUCAGGUUUGGCCUAUGAGGCACAGUAGUGUCCAGCCCACUGGGUAUAGAUAUGGUGUGCCUAAGGGAUGUGUUUGGAGUUAGUAUAGAAGUCUCAAUCAGUGUUGGGAUCAUAGUUGGUUCGAGAUGAUUAGUUUGAGAGAGCCUAGGGGGCCUUAUAGGUAGGGGUAAAAUCGGCUCAAUCUGUUGACUUGGGGUAGGCCCAUAAGACAUGGCCGAGGGUGGGAGUAAAGGUCGGCAUCCUAUCCUCUUUUUGGGCCGCAGGUACUUGCCCCUAGACUUCUUCAAGAUAAGUCUAUUGGGGUCACCAUGGAUCAGUCCAAGACUAUCCUGGGUGAGCCCAUCUGGGCCUCCUUCGGUGGGCCCAUUUGGCUCCUUUGGGCCACCUAGUUCAGGCUCCUUUGGGCCUCCCUUGGUAGGCGCAGGUGGCAUACCUUGAGUAGGCCCAAGUGUGCCUUGGGUGGGCCCAUUUGGGCCACCCAGCUUAGGCCCCUUUGGGCUUCUCUCAGGGAGCCCAAAUGGAUUGCCUUGGGUAGACCUAGGGUUUGGGCCUACCUGGGCAAGAGCUUGGACCAGUGUAGCCUGAGCCGGCUGCUCAGGCUCGGCCUGGGCCACCUAGGCCUGGGCCGGUGCGUCCUGAGCCGGUGCAGCCUCGAUGGGCUGGGCCGGCGUGGCCUGGGCCAGAGCAGCCUCAAAUGGCACUACAUAGGCUGGCUCAGCCCUAGCAACCUUGCUGGAGGCUUGCACGGGCCGCGCCUAUACGGUGCCAGCUGA